CCGAGUAGCUUGAAAACAUGGAGACCGGAAGUAGCAGGAAGAGGCAGCACGAACCAGAAUCGGAAUCGUCGGGCCUGUCUGGAGAAGACGAAAACGAAGAAGAGGAGGAGGAAGAAGAAAGAGUGAAAGGAGAGGUCGAAGAGGAAGAUGACGCCGACGAAGACUACCAGCCUUAUGUGCCCCUCAAGCAGCGCAAGCAGCAGCUGUUGCAAAAGUUGCUGCAGAUUCGUCGCAAAGGGGUGCUGGAGGACGAACAAAGGGACAGUGGCAGCGAGUAUCAUGGUGAUGAAGAUGACAUUCCCUUGGGCCCUCAAUCUAACAUCAGCCUUCUGGAUCAGCACCAGCAUCUCAAAGAGAAGGCAGAAGCACGUAAGGAGUCAGCCAAAGAGAAACAGCUUAAAGAGGAAGAAAAGAUCCUGGAAAGUGUGGCAGAAGGACGAGCUCUGAUGUCUGUGAAGGAAAUGGCAAAGGGCAUCACAUAUGACGAUCCAAUUAAAACCAGCUGGAAGGCUCCCCGGUAUAUCCUGUGUAUGUCAGAAGCAAGGCAUGACCGUGUCCGUAAAAAGUACCAUAUCCUUGUGGAAGGGGAAGGCAUUCCACCUCCUCUCAAAAGUUUCAAAGAGAUGAAGUUCCCAGCUGGAGCUCUGAGGGAACUGGCUCGACAGACUCAUGGCAUCCUGGAAUACUAUUGCCGCCUGCUGCAGGAGGAUGGGAUGCCUGCCUUGCGCUGUGCUCUUUGCAUCGGUGGCAUGUCUGUGAAAGAACAAAUGGAGACUAUCAAACAUGGUGUACACAUGAUGGUGGCAACUCCAGGCCGUCUCAUGGAUCUAUUACAGAAAAAGAUGGUCAGUCUGGAUGUCUGCCGCUACCUGGCUUUGGAUGAAGCUGACAGGAUGAUUGAUAUGGGUUUUGAAGGAGAUAUCCGCACUAUCUUUUCCUAUUUCAAGGGACAACGGCAGACCCUGCUCUUCAGUGCCACCAUGCCUAAAAAGAUUCAGAAUUUUGCAAAGAGUGCCCUUGUAAAGCCAAUCACAAUCAAUGUGGGACGUGCAGGAGCUGCCAGUUUAGAUGUCAUACAGGAAGUAGAAUAUGUGAAGGAGGAAGCUAAAAUGGUAUAUCUACUUGAAUGUCUACAGAAGACUCCACCACCUGUUCUUAUUUUUGCUGAGAAGAAAGCAGAUGUAGAUGCAAUUCAUGAAUAUUUAUUACUCAAAGGUGUAGAGGCUGUGGCCAUACAUGGUGGAAAAGACCAAGAGGAACGGACAAAGGCUAUUGAGGCUUUCCGGGAUGGCAAAAAGGACGUUCUUGUUGCAACAGAUGUUGCCUCCAAAGGCUUGGAUUUCCCAGCCAUCCAGCAUGUCAUCAAUUAUGACAUGCCCGAGGAGAUAGAAAAUUAUGUUCAUCGGAUUGGGCGUACGGGCCGCUCAGGGAACACUGGCAUUGCCACCACUUUCAUCAACAAAGCCUGUGAUGAAUCAGUACUCAUGGAUUUGAAGGCGCUGCUGCUGGAGGCCAAGCAGAAGGUGCCUCCCGUGCUUCAAGUGUUGCAUUGUGGAGAUGAGUCCAUGUUGGAUAUUGGAGGAGAAAGAGGCUGUGCUUUCUGCGGGGGGCUGGGUCACCGUAUCACAGAUUGCCCCAAGCUGGAAGCCAUGCAGACCAAGCAAGUCAGCAACAUUGGACGCAAGGACUAUCUGGCACACAGCUCCAUGGACUUCUAGACUGAU